UGCGUGCUCGCAGCAGCCCCUGCCCCGCUCCGCGCGGUCGCGCGCGCCGCGUCCGACGGAGGCAGCAGCCCCGGCCCGGUUCCGGUUUCCAGGAGCGGGCGGGAGGGCGCAGGGCCACGUUCCCCACCCCCACGAGCGCGGCCUCCGCGGCUGCCUGCCCGAUCCGCUCUCCGGGAAGCGUCUGCCCGUCGCCCACCCCGGGGGUUUCCGACCACCCCGCCCGAGCCCGAAGGGGCGGGGGCCGGGCCCGAGCGCCCGCCGAAGGGCACCCCUCCCGCCGCGCCUCUGGGCGCACGCGCAGCCGCCGCAGCCUCCCUUAUUUAGUCCGCGAUGGCUUCCCUCGCGCCUCACCGUCCUCCUCCUGAAGGCGGCUCCCUCCCCGCGCAGCCCGGAGCUCCUGGGACCAGCCUCGAGCAGGCCCCCGAGCGGGACAAUCCCUAAAGUAGAGUGGCGGUGGCCGGACUUGCGCGAGAGAAAAAGCAGCGGUAACCGGAAAGGGCUGACGGGUCUCGAGGAGGCGAGCCAGGCCUCCGAGGAAGGGGAAGGCCGGAGCGAGCCGAGCUGUCACGACCGGAGGGGGGACUCGCAGCCUUACCAGGCACUUAAGUAUUCAUCGAAGAGUCACCCCAGUAGUGGUGAUCACAGACAUGAAAAGAUGCGAGACGCAGCAGAUCCUUCACCACCAAAUAAAAUGUUGCGGAGAUCUGAUAGUCCUGAAAACAAAUACAGUGACAGCACAGGUCACAGUAAGGCCAAAAAUGUGCAUACUCACAGAGUUAGAGAGAGGGAUGGUGGGACCAGUUAUUCUCCACAAGAAAAUUCACAUAACCACAGUGCUCUUCAUAGUUCAAAUUCACAUUCUUCUAAUCCAAGCAAUAAUCCAAGCAAAACUUCAGAUGCACCUUAUGAUUCUGCAGAUGACUGGUCUGAGCAUAUUAGCUCUUCUGGGAAAAAAUACUACUACAAUUGUCGAACAGAAGUUUCACAGUGGGAAAAACCAAAAGAGUGGCUUGAAAGAGAACAGAGACAAAAAGAAGCAAACAAGAUGGCAGUUAAUAGCUUCCCAAAAGAUAGGGAUUACAGAAGAGAGGUGAUGCAAGCAACAGCCACUAGUGGGUUUACCAGUGGAAUGGAAGACAAGCAUUCCAGUGAUGCCAGUAGUUUGCUCCCACAGAAUAUUUUGUCUCAAACAAGCAGACACAAUGACAGAGACUACAGACUGCCAAGAGCAGAGACUCACAGUAGCUCUACGCCAGUACAGCACCCCAUCAAACCAGUGGUUCAUCCAACUGCUACCCCAAGCACUGUUCCUUCUAGUCCAUUUACGCUACAGUCUGAUCACCAGCCAAAGAAAUCAUUUGAUGCUAAUGGAGCAUCUACUUUAUCAAAACUGCCUACACCCACAUCUUCUCUCCCUGCACAGAAAACAGAAAGAAAAGAAUCUACAUCAGGAGACAAAUCUGUAUCACAUUCUUGCACAACUCCUUCCACAUCUUCUGCCUCUGGACUGAAUCCCACAUCUGCACCACCCACAUCUGCUUCAGCAGUCCCUGUUUCUCCUGUUCCACAAUCACCAAUACCUCCAUUACUUCAGGACCCAAAUCUUCUUAGACAAUUGCUUCCUGCUUUGCAAGCCACGCUACAGCUUAAUAAUUCUAAUGUGGACAUAUCUAAAAUAAAUGAAGUUCUUACAGCAGCUGUGACACAAGCCUCACUGCAGUCUAUAAUUCAUAAGUUUCUUACUGCUGGACCAUCUGCGUUCAACAUAACAUCUCUGAUUUCUCAGACUGCUCAGCUCUCUACACAAGCCCAGCCAUCUAAUCAGUCUCCAAUGUCUUUAACAUCUGAUGCAUCAUCCCCAAGAUCCUAUGUGUCUCCAAGAAUAAGCACACCUCAGACUAACACAGUCCCUAUCAAGCCUUUGAUUAGUACUCCUCCUGUUUCAUCACAGCCAAAGGUUACUACUCCAGUAGUUAAGCAAGGACCAGUGUCACAGUCGGCCCCGCAGCAGCCUGUAACUGCUGACAAGCAGCAAGGUCAUGAGCCUGUCUCUCCUCGAAGUCUUCAGCGCUCAAGUAGCCAGAGAAGUCCAUCACCUGGUCCAAAUCAUACUUCUAGUAGUAAUGCAUCAAAUGCAACAGUUGUACCACAGAAUUCAUCUGCCCGACCUGCGUGUUCAUUAACCCCUACGCUAGCAGCACACUUCAAUGAAAAUCUCAUAAAACAUGUUCAAGGAUGGCCUGCAGAUCAUGCAGAGAAGCAGGCAUCAAGAUUACGUGAAGAAGCCCAUAACAUGGGAAGUGUUCACAUGUCAGAAAUUUGUACUGAAUUAAAAAAUUUAAGAUCUUUAGUCCGAGUAUGUGAGAUUCAAGCAACUUUGCGAGAGCAAAGGAUACUAUUUUUGAGACAACAAAUUAAGGAACUCGAAAAGCUAAAAAAUCAGAAUUCCUUCAUGGUGUGAAGAUGUGAAUAAUUGCACAUGGUUUUGAGUACAGAAACUGUAAAUCUAUUGCCCAAUCUUAACAUUUUUUGAGCUGCAUUUAAGUAGACUUUGGACCGUUAAGCUGGGCAAAGAAAAUGACAAGGGGACGGGGAUCUGUGAGAGUCAAUUCAGGGGAAAGAUACAAGAUUGAUUUGUAAAACCCUUGAAAUGUAGAUUUCUUGUAGAUGUAUUCUUCACGUUGUAAAUACGUUUUGUAGAGUGAAGCCAUGGGAAGCCAUGUGUAACAGAGCUUAGACAUCCAAAACUAAUCAAUGCUGAGGUGGCUAAAUACCUAGCCUUUUACAUGUAAACCUGUCUGCAAAAUUAGCUUUUUUAAAAAAAUUUUUGGGGGGUUAAUUUAUCAUUCAGAAAUCUUGCAUUUUCAAAAAUUCAGUGCAAGCGCCAGGCGAUCUGUGUCUAAGGAUACAAUUUUGAACCAUAUGGGCAGUGUAUAAAAUAUCAUGAAACAACUGUCUCCACACUUGCACCUGAUCAAGAGCAGUGCUUCUCCAUUUGUUUUGCAGAGAAAUGUUUUUCAUUUCCCGUGUGUUCCAUUUCCCUCUGAAAUCCUUGAUCUGAUUUUAUCCAUUUUUUAAAGCUCCUCUUUUUCUCCUUUCUUAAGGCACUGUUGCUAUGGCACUUUUCUAUAACCUUUUCAUUCCUGUGUACAGUAGCUUAAAAUUGCAGUGAUUGAGCAUAACCCACUUGUUUGUAUAAAUUAUUGAAAUCCAUUUGCACCCUGUAAGAAUGGACUUAAAAAUACUGCUGGGCAUGUGUGCUGAAAGUACAUUGAUUGCUCAAAUAUAAAGAAAUGGCCCAAUGAACAUGGUUGUGGGAGGGGAAAGAGGAAACAAAGCUAGUCAGAUGUGAAUCGUAUCUGUUGUAAUAAACAUGUUAAAACAAACAAAAAUUGUUAUUUUUCUUUUCCUUCGGUCAGUGCAUAUUAGAAUUUGAACUACCUGGGGAUUCUUUAUCAUAACUAUUCUUGUUGAGUAUUUAUACUUAAUUGAAUUAAUUCCUUAAGGGAGGUUUUGUUUAAAGCAUAAUAACAGGAAAUUGUGUAUAAGAUAUUUAAUGAAAUAUGAAAUUCAACAAGAAUGAUUAAGUCACUUCCCAAGUGGUUGUCAUUUGUUAAGCCCUGGUUUACCUGUCUUGCUAUUAUGACAUUUCAUUUUGAAGGAUGUUUGUGUUGUAGCUAACUGUUCAAGUCUGGUGCUGACUGCUGUUCUUAGCCAUCACAAAACGCUAAAUUUGUGUAAUUGGAGCUUCCUGCUGUUACCUGGAAAUGGUAGGAAAGCUCAGCUUUGUAUAUUGUUUCCUAAAGUAUAUUAAAAUAAAAAAAGAAACUAUUGCUACUAUAAAA